AUGGCUGUCCCUCACUCCCUCGUCAGGAGGCAUCCCCUGCAGCGAGUCCCCAGUCCUUCGAGAGGCUUGUCGGCCUUGGUCCAUCUCGUUGGUCUAAGCAGUUUUAUCUGGUCCUUCAAAUUUAUGCAUGACAAUCCUAAUCGCGCCAAUGAAGCGUACGGGUGGCACUUCCAGUACCUGACGGUUAUUGGAUUGGCCCUGUCGACUCUUACCUUCGCCGUUGGUUUGAUGGCGGAUGUGACGUUGUCAGCUCGGCUGUUCCUGGUCAAGAACCUUUUUUCCAUGUGCAGCGCUCCCAUGGAAGUUCUCAUCAGCAUUCUGUAUUGGAGUCUUCGCCUCAUCGAUGAACGUCUGGUGAUUCCUACCUGGGCCGUCAUUCCUUUACAUGCUGACGUGAGCUUUCACGCGGUUCCUUCCAUCGUUCUCUUGAUCGACCUCUUACUACUGUCCCCCCCAUGGACCAUCACCAUCGUACCAGCCUUGGGCUUGUCCAGCACGAUUGCCUUUGGUUACUGGAUUUGGAUUGAACAUUGCUUUGCUCAUAAUGGAUGGUAUCCGUAUCCCAUCUUCGAGCAAGUGCCAUUUGAGGGUCGCGUGGGACUCUUUGUGUUAAGUGCCGCGGUGAUGGCUCUCAGUACCGCAACGCUCAAGUGGCUCUAUGGCCGCGUGAACUGCUUAAAGGCAUCCGGGCCAUGAAAAGGGCCGUUGAUUUAUAGACAGGUCUAUCCCGUACUUACCCCUCUAUUUUCGAUAGAUAUCAUAUAGAUGCCCUGCUCAAUUCAGGCGCUACAGACUUGGCCACCAUAUUGUGAAUUUUCCUAGAUAUUGACUCCCUUGGGAGUGCGCCGGUAGGAGGUUGGAAGCAGCCGGGAGGAGAGAAAUCCAUAGCCCGGCAAGCGAGGAUAGACCAUUAUAGACUAUUUUUCUCACAUUUCCCAGGGCAAAGGAGGAGAACGGAAUGCCUACGG